AUGGACUGUGGUUUUGCUUUGUUCGCUCAUAUGGACUGUGGCUUUGCUUUGUUCGCUCAUAUGGACUGUGGUUUUGCUUUGUUCGCUCAUAUGGACUGUGGUUUUGCUUUGUUCGCUCAUAUGGACUGUGGUUUUGCUUUGUUCGCUCAUAUGGACUGUGGUUUUGCUUUGUUCGAUUAUCGACCAUUGGGAGGUUUUGUUGGACUUAAUAAUCACAGGCAAACAAUCAUUUUUGGGGCUGCAUUGCUAUAUGAUGAAACGAUUCCUUCUUUUCAGUGGCUAUUUGAAACGUUUCUCAAAGCAAUGGGUGGAGAAAAGCCAAAAACCAUUCUAACAGAUCAAGAUGCUGCAAUGGCUAAGGCUAUUUCUUUAGUUGUGCCAGAAACAUUUCAUGGAUUGUGCACUUGGCAUAUAAGACAAAAUGCUCUAAAGCAUGUAAAUCAUCUAUAUCAAAAGAGUUCACAAUUUUGCUUAGAGUUUGAAGCAUGCAUAGAUCUACACGAAGAAGAGGCUGAAUUUUUGAAUGCAUGGAAUUCUUUACUUGUUGAGCAUAAUGUUUCAAAAGAUUCGUGGCUACAUAUGAUUUUUCAAUUGAAGGCAAAAUGGUCAUGGGCUUAUGUUCGGAAAACAUUCACUGCAGGUAUGAGAUCUACUCAAUUAAGUGAGAGCUUUAAUGCUGACUUGAAAAACCAUUUGAAAUCAGAUUUAAAUUUAGUACAAUUUUUUACACACUUUAAAAGGGUUGUAAAUGGAAAACGAAACAAUGAGUCAGAAGCUGAUUUUGAGUCAAGACAUAAACUACCUAGAUUGAAAAUGAAGAAGGCUCGUAUGCUUGUACAAGCCGGAAAUGUUUACACUCCAAAAAUUUUUGAGGAAUUUCAAGAGGAAUAUGAGGAAUAUCAGGACACUUGCAUAAAGGAUUUGAAAGAAGGUUUGUAUGUUGUUACAAAUUAUGAUAACACAAAAGAGAGGAUAGUAAUGGGAAAUCCUAUGGAUCAAAAAGUUGCUUGUGAUUGUCGUAAAUUUGAGACACAUGGCAUCUUAUGCAAUCAUGCUUUGAAAGUUUUAGAUGCCAUGAAUAUUAAGUUAAUUCCCCAACAUUAUAUAUUAAAGCGAUGGACAAGAGAUGCAAGGUUGGGAAGUAACCAAGAUUGGAAAGUGAAACAUGUUGAAUUGGACAUAAAAGCCCAUUUCAUGAAGCGAUACAAUGAAUUAUGUCCUCGAAUGAUUAAAUUGACCAACAGAGCUUCAGAAUCUCAUGAAAGUUACGUAUUUUUGUCCAAAGUUUAUGAAGAGUCCAAUAAAAUAAUUGAUGAUAUGUUGGCAAAAAUUUAUGUGAAUGAGGAAUCAAGUAGAAUGAUUCAUGUAUCUAUAUCAAUUGCAAAUGAUGAAAUUGACAACAACUUGGACACUCUUGGUUGUGCAAAAGGCAUAAAGAAGCGAGAUUGUUCACAUCAGAAUAAAAAACGACCUAAGUCUUGGGUUGAGAAAUUAUCUAGGAAGAGAAAUAGAUCCUCACAAAAACAAAAUCGCAAGAAAAUUUAG